AGCCCCGCCCAGCGCGGGGCAGAGAGGCGGGACCGGAGCGGGCUGGAGCUGCCCGGGAUGGUGGAAGUGGCGCUGCGGGGCGGCCGCCCUCGGCGCAGGUGAGGGGCGCGUGCGGCAUGCAGCCCGCCGCCCGGGUAUAGCGAGCGCCCGGCCCGGCCCGCCCAGCCUCGCGGGGUCGCUCCUCCAGCCCGGGCCGCGGGAACCUCCUGCGCAGGCAAUGGCCUGCGCCCUGCUGCCGCUGCUGCUGGCCUGUGGCUGGCUGGGGGGGCAGGCGCUGCUGGGGCAGUGCCAGCAGGAGCCCCACACCCCGGACUGGAGAAUGACCCUCAAGACGAUCAGGAACGGGGUGCACAAGAUAGACAUGUACCUCAACGCGGCGCUGGACCUGCUGGGAGGAGAGGACGGCCUGUGCCUGUACAAAUGCAGCGAUGGGUCGAAGCCUUUUCCACGGUAUGGGUAUAAGCUUUCACCGCCGAAUGGAUGUGGAUCCCCACUAUUUGGAGUUAAUUUUGACAUUGGUAUCCCUUCAAUGACAAAGUGCUGUAAUCAACAUGACAGAUGCUAUGAUACGUGUGGCAGUAAAAAAAAUGACUGUGAUGAACAGUUUCAAUAUUGUCUCUCCAAGAUCUGCAGAGAAGUACAGAAAACACUAGGAAUAUCAGAGACUGUACAGGGGCAAAUCCAGUUGGAUAGUAAGCCUGCUUUAAAGAUCAAAGGUGAAGACCAAAACAUCACAGAAACAGAUGCUUUUGGGAGAAGUCAAGCUUUUGAUCCAGAAGCACAAUACAAAAUGAACCACAGGCGUAGAGGGAUUGCUUUAAUCUUCAAUCAUGAGCGGUUUAACUGGCAUUUGACACUGCCAGAUAGACGUGGCACUCUUGCAGACAGAGACAAUCUGAAACGCAGUUUGACAGCGCUUGGCUUUGAAGUCAAAUGCUUUGAUGACCUUAAAGCAGAAGAAGUGUUGCAGAACAUUUAUGAAGUGUCAAUGGACAACCACAGUGAUGCUGACUGCUUUGUAUGUGUGUUCCUGAGCCAUGGUGAAGACAAUCACAUUUACGCCUAUGACGCUAAAAUAAAAAUUCAGACGGUGACACACAUGUUCAGAGGAGACAACUGCCAGAGUCUAAUAGGAAAGCCUAAAAUAUUUAUAGUUCAGGCAUGUCGAGGAGAUAAACACGAUGACCCAGUCAUUGCUCAGGAUGCAGUGGACAGUAUUACAGAUAAGUCCAACAUCAAUGAAACUGAAGCAGAUGCUGCAACUGUGUAUACGUUACCUGCAGGUGCAGACUUUCUAAUGUGCUACUCAGUUGCAGAAGGUUAUUAUUCUCAUCGUGAAACUCUAAAUGGCUCCUGGUACAUUCAAGACUUGUGUGAGAUGAUAAGGAAGUAUGGUUCCUCCUUGGAGUUCACAGAACUUCUCACUCUGGUGAACAGGAAAGUAUCUCAUCGCGAAGUGGAUGUGUGCAGAGACAUUAAUGCCCUAGGCAAAAAGCAGGUUCCUUGUUUUGCCUCAAUGUUGACUAAAAAAUUACAUUUUCAUCAAAAAUCAAAGUAGAAAUGCCCAUCUGUGAGUGACAUUUUAUCCACAGUCACCCAAAAUAUGGAAAAUUUCUUCAUCACAUAAUCUAGUAAUCUAGAUCACUGAAAGUAGUUUAAAAUAUGAUUUUUUGAUGUGGCUAGAGAAUUUCACAGGUAUUCACCUCAUGCAUUUUCCUCAACAGGACCAUUUUGCAAAAAUGCUAGGAUCAAAUUUCAGGAUUAAUUUAAAUAUUUUAAAAAAGUUUCUGUAUUAGAAAUAGCUUUGUUACAAUACAUCAGCAUUGCAGCAAUAGCAUUCUCAGGGAAUUUUUGGGGAAAAUAAAUGUAAUAUUGAUUUCUACGUAAUAAAAAUUGCAAGGUGCUCAGAUCCCAUGCUAAUGAGGGUUAUGCAAGUGCUAAGAGAGAAGCACUUUUUAAACCAAUUUUUUAAAAUGUUCUGAUUUACACUUGAAUGACACUUUCUGCUUUCUAUCACUUUGUAGCUUUUCACAAUUUGUAAAAAUUGCAUUAGCUUAUAAAAGCUUUUUUCUCCUCUACUCUCAAUUUAUGGGGAAUGCAACUAAGGCAUGUUUUGUAAUUUUUCAGCAUCUUAAAAUAUACUUCACAUCUUCAACACAUUAAAAUGUGCAUUUCAGUAAA